AUGCCCGUUGGUCUUGGACAGGGUCUUGUUCGAUUGCUUCAAUUUAGCGGAGUCCUUUCAGCCGAAAACCCCACUAAACAUCAGUUAUCACACUGGGAAACUGUUGUGAAAGACUACUUCACUCCGACAGCCAUAAUGAAAUUUACCUUGUGGAAAGAUAACCAGCGGAAUGAAGCAAAGCCUUUCGAGAUCGGCGUGCCUAUUCUGCCCCGGUUUUUUCUAGUCACCACCCAAUCUGGUGUGAAAUCCAUGACACUCUCGCUGGACGGUGCCCGAGAACGGCUACUCUCACAACACCAUGCGGUUGUAGAGUGCGUUGCGGCUGUUUGGACAUACCGAUACACCAACGGGUACACAGUCACACUUCGGGGCCCGCUCACAGUCCACGUUAUCCUCAUUCCUCAGCCAAACGCCGCCACCUCCCAAACACCGCCGUAUUCCCUCAAAUUUGACCACCUCCAAUUCGAUGCAAAUCAUCACGAAAAGUUCAUUGCAUUGGACUCGGUAAUGGGUCAUAGGCAAUCGGAGUCACCGAAGACGCCACGCGUGAGGACGGCACCGACGCCAAGUCCGAACGGGACGGUAAUGCAUAGGAUGGAUGAUGAGAGAAUAUGGGAAGAACCCAGAGUUAUGAUCGACCAUGCAUCGAUACCGGGAGAACCUGUGAAUGCAUUUGGGAUUCCGCAGGCUACCAUGCGGUGUCUGGAGGUACGUGCUUUUCGGCUCCGCAUUUCUCUUUGCUGA